AUGGAAGACAAGUUUGAUGAAGGUCCGCGCAACUACAACGAUGAGUCAAGUGUCGUUGAGUUUGAUGAUCAUGAUGAGGACGAAGAAAAAGAAGAAGGUAAAACUGACGACGACAUGGACUCGAGCGACGAUGACAACGAAGACACCAGGUCUUCGAAGAGCAACAUCAAGAGACACACGCGCACUCAAUCACUUGAGAAAGCUACCGUCAUUCCAAGUCCCAAGCGAAGAACAUACAGAGGUCCGUCGCUUGAGCAUGUGUCAGCGGCUGCAAUGGAUUUUGAAGCAGCCUACAUCGUUGAUUCAGUGGGGGAAACGCCGACUACAUUCAAGUCGGCGAUGGAAUCAAGCGACUCCGGCAAGUGGAAAGAAGCGUGUGACUCGGAGUUCGACUCGCUUCAGAGAAACGACACGUGGGAAAUCGUGCCUCUUCCGAAAGGUCGCAAGGCCAUCGGGUGCCGAUGGGUUUUUCGUGUAAAGGAGAAUCAAGAUGGCGAAGUUGAACGUUUCAAGGCAAGACUUGUGGCCAAAGGAUUCUCACAGAAAUUCGGAGUUGACUAUGAAGAAACUUUCGCACCGGUGGCCAAGUUCACAUCGAUUCGUGUGGUGCUCAGUAUGGCGGCUAAGUACGGCCUAAUGCUACAUCAGAUGGACGUCAAGACAGCGUUUCUUAACGGCUCCCUCAACGAAGACAUCUACAUGGACCAGCCGGACGGAUACCUGGAUGCAACACAGCCGGACUAUGUGUGCAAGCUAAAGAGAUCACUCUACGGCUUGAAGCAAUCGCCUCGCAUGUGGAACCAAACAAUCGAUGGGUUCAUGAUCAAGAUGGGAUUCAAGAAGUGCGAAUCGGACCACUGCAUCUACAUCAAGCGAGACGACCAAGACAUGAUUCUCGUGGUACUCUACGUCGAUGAUCUCAUCCUGGCCAGCAGCAACAACGAACUCCUCAAGUCAACCAAGAUGGCGCUGAGCAAACGCUUCGAAAUGACGGAUCUCGGUGAGCUCGAUUACUUUCUCGGCAUGGAGAUCAAGAACGACCGUAAGACGGGAAUGGUGACUGUACAACAAACCAAGUUUCUCAAGUCCGUGUUAACCAAGUUCGGAAUGGAUAACAGCAAGCCAGUGAAGACGCCUCAAGAUCCCGGCCUGAAGCUAACCAAGAACAUGUGUGAACAAGAAUGCAAGCACGAAGACACCAUGUGCAACGUGCCAUAUCGAAGUGCUGUCGGAGGCAUCAUGUAUCUCAUGGUCGCCACACGUCCGGAUCUAGCUGCUGCAGUGGGAUCAUUAUCCCAGUUCUCGUCCGACCCAUGCCCGACUCACUGGCAAGCUUUGAAGCGUGUGCUGAGAUACCUGCAAGCAACGCCCAAUCAUGGUCUUGAGUUUACACGUGAAGAAGGAAGCCGUAUCUGCGGGUACACCGACGCAGACUGGGCCGGCGACAUUGAGUCAAGACGAAGUACAAGCGGCUAUGUGUUCAUGAUGAGCGGAGGAUGCAUCAGCUGGAAAAGCCAGAAACAACGGACGGUCGCGCUAUCUUCAACAGAAGCAGAAUACAUGGCGCUUUCCGAAGCAACCAAAGAAGCAGUAUGGCUCAAAGUGCUUUUGGGGGAACUUGGUGAGAUGACAAGCGACGAAGCGAUCAAGAUGUAUGAAGACAACCAAGGAUCAAUCGCUCUCGCCAAGAACCCGGAGUUCCAUAAGAGAACAAAACACAUCGACAUACGCUACCAUUUUGUGCGUGAGAAGGUGGAAUCAGGUGAAGUCGUUUUGGAGUAUUGCCCGACUCAAGAUAUGCUGGCAGACAUGAUGACCAAGCCGAUCGCCGCUGUACAAUUUGAAAACAUUCGCGAUCGACUUGGGAUCCAAGGUGCCGCAGCUAACGAGUCGAGAGGGAGUGUUGAAAAGACAGCGGCUGUAAAGAAGACACCUCGUCAAGCUGCGUCAAGUGUUGAAGCAAGUGGAAGACCAAGCUUCGCUAUACCGGUGGGUACCGGUAUGUACCAGUAA